AUGUCGUCUCCGAGCAAGCGCCGGGAGAUGGACCUCAUGAAGCUGAUGAUGAGCGACUACAAGGUCGAGACGGUGAACGACGGGAUGCAGGAGUUCCUCGUCGAAUUCCGCGGGCCCGAAGAGAGUCUCUACCAAGGAGGUGUAUGGAAGGUUCGAGUAGAACUGCCCGAUGCGUAUCCUUACAGGUCUCCGUCGAUUGGUUUCGUUAAUAAGAUAUAUCACCCGAAUGUCGAUGAACUGUCUGGUUCCGUCUGCUUGGAUGUCAUUAACCAGACAUGGAGCCCAAUGUUUGAUCUUGUCAAUGUGUUUGAAGUCUUCCUUCCGCAACUUUUGUUAUAUCCAAAUCCCUCUGAUCCAUUGAAUGGAGAAGCUGCUGCACUCUUGAUGCGUGAUCGCCCUGCUUAUGAGCAAAAAGUGAAAGAAUUCUGCGAGAAAUAUGCCAAGCCAGAGGAUGCGGGUAUAACCCCAGAAGAUAAUUCGAGCGACGAAGAGCUGAGCGAAGAAGACGACGAUGACUCCGGUGACGAUGAGCCCAUACUGGGCCAUGCAGACCCAUAG